GGACAGAGUCCAUACAGAAAAAAUAUUUCCCUUUUCAAAAUGAACAAUUUCUGAUACUUUCUGGACUUAAUGUAUAUCUGAUAUUGUUAUUGGAGUCAAUCGUUGGCGAUACUUGGACUGACGGUAGAAGAAAACGAAUCAAGCUGUUACAACACGUUAAUUUACUAUAACAGACCGCCGUAACUUUACCAAUUUAUUAAUCAGUUAUCCCAAAACUCCUCUAGUUACCCUUUUAUGACCAUGUUAACAUAGAUCAAAAAGACUUCACGCGAUUGAUUGUCUGGUGUCAUUCUAAUAUCUAAACUUCCUGAUUUCGGGCAAUAAAGAACACUUCUUUUGACGACUCUUCAGUACACCCAAAAAACCGUUUCUAAUUACACCAAAUUUAUUCCCAAACACUUCAACAGCAGCUGUGUUUUGCAACGGAAACCAAAUGACCUAUAUUACGUGUGCUUGCGCCUACAUGCGGUAAUUAAUUAACCGAUCCUGACGGUGUCGGUGUCUGUGCGUGUGUUUGUGUGAUAAUUAAAAAAAACCUCCAACAAAGUGUGUGACCGCACGUGUAACCGCGCAGCGGCAAAGAAAGUGACAAAACCAAAGCGGAAGUGCAAACACCCUGUUUAACGUGAUCGAAUCAUGCUGAAGGACCUCAUCGCCGCCGAAACGGUGGCGCCUGAAAAAUGUGCCGGAUGUGGCAUUUCCAUUCGUGACCGAUACUACCUCCUAGUGGCGGACCGUGCCUGGCACAACCAAUGUUUACGGUGCUGCAAAUGUCUACACAACCUCGAAGCGGAACUGAGCUGCUACUCACGUGAAGGAAACAUUUACUGCAAGGACGAUUACUAUAGGCAUUUCUCAGUCCGAAGAUGUGCUCGGUGUGGCAACGGGAUCAGCGCCUCGGAUCUAGUAAUGCGGGCAAAGGAUCUCAUCUUUCACGUCAAUUGCUUCUCCUGUCUCGUUUGUGGACAAUUGCUGCGCGGCGGUGAUACCGCUGGGAUUCGCGACGGUCGUGUAUUUUGCGGCGAUCAUUACGAGUCCGAAGUGUUAAGUGAACCCGAAACCAUUUCACCGCAGUUUUUCCCCGUAACGACGGCCGGCGGUAUGGUGGUACAGUCGUCACAGAAAGGACGACCCAGGAAGCGAAAACUCGCCACCCCGCAACCACCGGGACUGCUAGACCCUAUCGGUGGUACGGCGCAGCAUCCCACCACCAACUGCCCGUCGCUCCAGUCGACGCCAACGCAACCGCAAGCACCUCAACUGCAGACACAACAAACGACACCACCACAGCCGCUCGAGGCACUCGAUGCUGGUACGCCUCUACGUUUAGAACUGCUGCACAAGGAGCUGAGCGUGAACAGUUUGGAUCUGUCCACGUACGACGGUAGCCAGUCGCCCGGAUCGGGCGGUGCACUAACGCCGAACUGUCGCACGAAGCGAAUGCGUACCUCGUUCAAGCAUCAUCAGCUGCGCACGAUGAAGUCGUACUUUGCCAUCAAUCAGAACCCGGACGCGAAGGACCUGAAGCAGUUGGCGCAGAAGACGGGCCUAUCGAAGCGUGUGCUGCAGGUUUGGUUUCAAAAUGCACGCGCGAAAUGGCGCCGAAACGUGAUGCGCCAGGAUGUGGGAAUGGGCAAUCCAGGUCAAACGUUGGGCGGCCUACCAUCGAUCGGUGCCGUCACGCUUCACCACCACAGUGCCAAUGGGCCGAACGGGCCGAACGAUCCGGGCAGCAUCGGCGACCUUUCCUCGACGCAGGUCCUCGAGGAGAUGCACAACAUGACGUUCGCCGAGCUGUACUGACACAAUCUGAUGAUCAAGAACAUGAUCCUGUCGAAUGUGAUAAAGCUGUCGCGCAAUCAAUCACCCGCCGGUUCCUCAAGCCAUGCGGUGGUUGAGGAUGCCGCUGAGAAUGUCCACUUGCAACCGCAACUAGAACACCACACACGGGGCGAAGAUCGUAUGGGACUGCUCGAUGACGAUGGGCCCUUGCUGGAUGAAAUGACGCUCGAAGCUUCCGCUUCCGACGGUGGUUGGACGCCUAUGGGUUGUCUGGAUGGCGCAAGUUGUACUUCUUUGCUGGACGAAGCAUAAAAGCGGCAAAAGACAAAUGCCAAUUGUAAUUAGUAGAGGUGUUAUGUUAGGAUAGUAGCGAAUUCUCUAAAACCUCACCAGACGUCAUACACGACCACUCGUCUUUAACAUCGCCUUGGCCUGGGUUGUCGCCUCGUUAACAACACCAAAUGGGUCACGAAGAAUGGUAAUUUUGUAGCCACAUGCGUCAAGUAAGUGGUUUACUGUUUGCUUUUUACCUUUCCUCGCUAAUUGGUCCCUUCGGAUGCGAUACCGGCAUUCGAGCUACUUCACCACAUCGUCCUCAUCGUCCUCAUCAUCAUCGUUAUUAUCGUCAGUUUCACACCAGCGUUGCAACAGAAAAAAAUAUGCAUUUUCGCGCGAUAACGAGCAAAGCGGGACAGUAGGGAAAAACAGUGUAAUUCAAAUUGCAAACGAUGCAUCGGACCGUUUGGUACAAGUGUGUGCAAAAACGUUGAAGGUAGAUGGGUGUGUUUUUGAGCGUGCCAUACACCCAUCACCAAACCCAAUUUCCGGCCAUUUCAUAAUGAAAAGUAAACUUUCCAAACUGCACUUUUCUGCAUUCCAACCACACCAACCCUUUGUUUCCCGCUGUUAAAGAACUAAACGGUUUCCAUGCUACCGCACUCAACCAACUGGUCCGGAUGAUGGUGAAGUGUUAAAUAUGUUCUGCACUUUGCACCUCCUGCUUUGCCCGACCUUAUAAUCAUAGUCCGCUGUACCGUCAGUGCUUGUAAUUAAUUAAUACGAUAAACCAACAAACGAUUAGUGCGAGCGAAAGUGUGAAUAUGCAGGCAAGUUGCUCGUAGUGGCAAUAAGGGCAUCGUCAUUUGAGGGUAGAAAGGGGAAACGAUUGUGCGAACUCAACAACAACACUGUGCAAAACAAAAUGGCCUCCCUGUGGGUGGCCACCGCACCGGAUGUGCUCCUUCCCUUCCAGUGCGAAUGUAAAAUGGUAAUUGAUUUAAUAGUAGGUUUUUCGGGCAAAGCGUAGAACAAACACGUGUACACAAUGUUUCAUUACUGUUUGUACACAUUCCCGACCCAAUGACGGUCAGAGUUGGGAACGAUGGAAGCAACGAUGGAAGGGUGGAGAUGUUAAUUGGAAAAUGUGCUACCGAACGACAGAACACUAUUCUUUUCGAUUAAAUUAAAUUGGGUGCAAAACGGCACUAAACGGGCCAUCAUCAAGCUGGAUACCUCAAGAAGAGGAGGAUCUUUUUUUUAAAGAAAAAGAAAACACUCGCAACGGUACAUCUUUUAAUGGCAAUGUUCAACACUGUCAUCAUUCGCGCGUCUAGUCGCAUCAAACGAAAGACUUCUACGCGCGCGCAAACAACGAACGCGAAUAUAAUUUUGCGAACCCUUGGUGAAUGCUUUUUCUCGUCCCCACCAAUGUUUCCGUUUGUUGUUGGUUUUUUUUGAAUUCAGCAAGUUUUGUGCUGUGCCAUGAAGUUUAUGUUUAAUCGAUCGAGCGUAACACCGAAACUUAAUGAUCGUUUGUUACCGGUUGACAAAUGUGAACGAUCGCAGUCCCAUCGGGUACAAAUUAGUGGUACAAAUUAAUUUGCCAUGCAAAAAAAAGAAACGACACACAACACACUUCAUUCGCCCUAGUUCGUGUAGCAAUAUGUAAGUUCAUUUUCGAGCUCGAUUGUUUCUUGGUGCCGUCCCCAAGGUGGUGGUCGGCAAAUGUAGAAGGUGCACCAAUUACAAUAAGUUCCCUACAGCAUAACAGCAACUGUUCUUAUGCCCGUACGAACCUUAGUGCAUUCUCCAUCCCGGAGGAGGGGUUAAUUAUUUUGCUUCGAUGCCACCCUUCACCCCAAAAAAGGGUCCCCAAGCGCGCACACAAACACAAACACAGCGGGACGCGAAUGACACUGUGUAGCGUUAAUGAACUGGUACACGGUUUGCACUUCCACAGCUGAUGAACUUUACUUUUCUCGGUUUUUUUUCUGCUGUGUGAUUUGAAAAGUGUAUUAAUGAUAUUCAUUACAGCACCAGGCGUACCGGUUGAUCGUCGCGACUCAAAACAAAACACCCAAACAUGAUCGUUUCCCCUUUUGGUCUGACCCGGCGGUGCAACCAGAUACAAAUCUUAUUAUCCAAUUAAAGACCAAUUAUCGGCAAGCCAAACGGCAAAAAGGGGAAAAAGGAGACAUUGCACACGACAAACGAACAAAGUGUGAAUAAUGUCGUCCCGGUUUGGAUUGAGAUGCAAAAUCACGGUGACAGCGACGGUAACCCCGGUUUGUACCGCGUAGGUAAGUGUGCGGAAUGCUACACGGAAGGCUUCACACUAUCGUGCACCGUGACAGGUGCAGUCGAAGCCAAAGUAAGUAGCGCUUUCUUCGUGCCUUUACUUUUCGCAUUAAAGACAAACGAGCAGCAGCGGCAUGAUUAAUGAUCGUACUAGAAGUCUUGGGGACACGAUUAGACAGACACUAAGUGUGGAUGGAGAUACAUUAACGGACAGUUUAAUUUUAUCGGAAUGCUUUAAUACACAUCUGGUCACUUAAAAGGGCAAUAGAUUUAUUUAUAAGUGCAAUAGAGUGCAUUGUUACGAGUGUUAAAAUUACAUCUUAACAAACUGAUCUUUAAUGUCAUGUUUUCUUCCUAAAUUAUGCAACAAACUCUCGAGAUAUAAUUCAAUGUUAAACAGAUGCAUUACUAUGCGCAAAAUCAAUGUCAUCAUAUUCCAUAACGAUGACAAUUAUCGUUAAUUG